GUGUUGGUAAAAGUUGUGUAUUGUCAUAAUUUAUUGAUAAAAAAUUCAAAGAAAAGCAUGAUGUUACCAUAGGAGUUGAAUUUGGGGCUAGAAUGAUAAAUGUUUAAAAUAAGAACAUAAAAAUUUAAAUAUGGGAUACUGCUGGUUAAGAAUGUUUUAGAUCUAUUACAAGAUCUUAUUAUAGAUCAGCAGCUGGUGCUUUAUUAGUUUUUGAUAUAACAAGAAAAGAUAGUUUCUAAAAUAUAGGAAGAUGGCUAGAAGAAGCUAAACAAAAUGGUAAUCCUCAUUUAAGUUUUGUUUUAAUAGGAAAUAAAUGUGAUUUGGAAGAUUAGAGAUAAGUUAGUGUCGAAGAAGCAUAGAAUUUCGCAAAAGAAAAUAAUUUAUUAUUUUUAGAAGCAAGUGCUAAAACAUCAUAAAAUAUUGAAGAAGCAUUUCAUUAAAAUGCAAAAAUGAUUUUCGAUAAAAUUAAUACUGGAGUUAUUAAUCCAAAUUAAGAAUCUAACGGUAUUAAAGUAGGAAAUGAAACAGAUAAUUCUAUAGUUAAUAAUUUCUAAUUACAAUAAAAAAAUAAUAUUUAGACAAAAAAAUCUUUUGGUUGUUGUUGA